AUGGAGAAAACAAUGUUCAAAUCAUGGGGACUUAUUUUGUUUAUGCUGACUUUAAAAGGCGGUUUAGAGACUUCCAGCAGUUUAGCGGAGAGAUUAGAGUCAAAGAGGAAUUAUAAUUACACCAAAUACCACCCUAUGGAAGAGAUCUACAAAUGGAUGGAGGACGUUGAGCGAGGGAACCCAGAGCUGGUCUCCUCUAGUGUCUAUGGACUCACCUUCGAGGAGAGGAAUAUCACACUGCUAAAGUUGGGACUAGAAAACCCAGAGGGCAGAGAAAAGAAGGCGAUAUGGAUGGACUGUGGUAUUCAUGCUAGAGAGUGGAUUGCUCCUGCCUUCUGUCAGUGGUUUGUCAAAGAGAUUUUACAGUCGUAUAAAACCAAUGAGAAGCUGACCGAGAUGCUGCAGAACCUGGACAUGUAUGUUACUCCUGUGGUCAAUGUGGAUGGAUACAUGUUCACCUGGACCAAUGAGAGUAAUCGUCUGUGGAGGAAGUCCCGGUCUCUCCCGCCUUCAGACUGUGGCUGUCGCGGUGUUGACCUGAACAGAAACUUCAACGCCAACUGGGGCACGGUUGGUGUGUCAUACAACUGUUGCGACAACACCUACUGUGGCACAUCACCAGUGUCAGAGCCGGAGGCUAAGGCUGUCACCGACUUUGUGGGUAGCAGGCUAAACCAGAUUCUGUGUUUCCUCACCAUCCAUUCGUCUGGGCAACUCAUACUCCUGCCUUAUGGACACCCUGAGAUAUCUGCACCCAACUAUGACGAACUGGUCGCAGUGGGUAAAGAGGCAGCAGCAGAAAUGAAGAAGGUACAUGGAAUGGACUACACUGUGGGGACAUCUCCACAAGUCCUCUAUAAAAAUUCAGGUUCAAGUCGUGACUGGGCUCGACUUGUUGGCAUCCCGUUCUCCUACACCUUUGAGCUGAGAGACAAAGGUGAGUUUGGCCACUUGCUACCAGAGGACCAGAUCCAGCCGGCCUGUGAGGAGGCCUACGCAGGAGCUCUGUCCAUCAUCACGUUUGUUCACGACAAGGCCUUCAACAACGUUACCACCGUCCCAAACGCCGCUGUCACCACAGUCACCGGCAUCACCACAGUUACCGGAGUUGCCAUAACGAUAUGGAGCACUAUUAUGGCCUUUUCUCUUACUACAGGGGUCUUGAUGUAG